CCAUGGAGACGCCCUGCCUGGGGGGCCUGACUCCGGCCCAGCCCGCGCUCGCUGCCCUGGGCCACCUGCACGGAGUGGAAAUACAACUGAAAAAUGAAGCGUGUGCAUUCAGUGAAGAAGCCGUGCAGCACCUUGAAGAUGCUACUGAAGCUAUUAAGAAACUGGAAAAAUUAAGAAGACACACCCUUGAACUUCUAGAAGAGGAGACCAUAAAAAAUAGUAAUCUCCGUUUAAAACUCCAGAAUCUUCCAGAAGUAGUUACCAAGGAGUUGGAAGCUCUUGUUGGUGCAGCCCGUGAAUCCAGUACUGCUAAGAUAACUCAAUUACAGACUGCACUGAAAAACAUCGCGUCUGAAAUCGAAUCACUGAAUCAGAAGCAAAUCCUUUGUGAAACCCAGAACGCUGCUCUGUGUAAGGACCAAGAGUGGCUGUGGGUCCAGCAUGAAGAAGCUGUAGACUUACUGAACCAGCAGAUGGCACAGAAAGCUAACACAAAUAUACUUUUAAAUGAGUUUUGCAACAAAAAAAGGGAUGCAGAACAAGAAAUAAUCAACCUAAUGAAUGCUAUCAAAGAAGUGAAAGAUGUUCUAGCUAAAGAAAUACAAAUAUUUAAUGAUGAAAUCGAAAUGUGGGCUAGAAAGAACGCAGAGAUGAAAACAAAACUUGAUCUUCAGAAGGAAAAAACUUCAGGAAAAAAGGAUGAAUUCGAAAAAUUGUCCAUAAAGCUAUUGGCUGUGCAGUCUGAGAUAGCUCAAAAUACAGCGAUUAUUUUUAAUGAGAAAGUUCAGAUAGCACGACUGAAAGAAACAAAUGAACAACUAAUAAUGGAAUUAAAACUUAAAAUGAUGGAAAAGCUGGAACUCUGCGAAAGGAAACAUAGCCUCGAUUCUGAUCUACUGCUUCUGCAAUCAAAAAUUGCCCAAGAAAGAGAGAAUCUAAAUAUUGAUAUAGCAAAGGCUAAGGAAGAAUUACGUACAGCUGAAGGCCUGAAUAGAAAACUUAAACAUGAAAAUAAAUUUAUAAGUAGCCAGUAUCGGAUAUUACUGGCAGAAGAGGAACACUUACAUGCAAAAAGGGAUGAGGCGGCAACAGACCUUGAACGAUUAUCCAGUUGGCUGGAUGAAAGACUUGAAGUUCUGUCAAAGCGUGUGGUGGAGGAGCAAAACUUGGAGGAUGAAGUUGAGAGAUUCGAAGAUAUCUUUCAAAACGCUAAGGAUGCCUACGCAAGAGAACUAGAGAAUCUAGAGCAAUGUUUAAAGAGAGAAAGUGAGAUGAGAGCUUUGCUUCAGUGGAAACAACUUCACCUAGCAAAGAAGAAGGAAGCCUUGUGGAUAACAGAGGAGAGAUUCAUGAAUGAAAUGAAUGUAAGACUUGAGACUGGUAAAAAACGUCAUGCUGAGCUAAUUGCAGAGAAUGAGUAUUUCCAAAAAGAAAUUUUGCAGGCUGAAGAACAGUUCAAACACCUUAGUGAUGAUGUAAAUAAAAGGGAAGCUGAAUGCGAGAAGUAUGAAAACAGCUUAAUAGAAGACAUACAAUGGCUUGAGGAUGAUGUCCAAGCUAAAACUGAAGAUAUAUAUCAAAAAGAACAACAACUAAUUCUGAGCAUCCCUCUCAUAGAAGAAAGACGGAAAGAGUUGGAAGAGAAGCAUGAAAAAUAUGAAGACUUGAAAAAAAUAGUCUCAGAACUAAAAGAUGACGAGACAAGACUGACAAAAUCCAUUGAUCGGUCAGUCAAGAUGAUUGGUAAACUCAAGAAGAUCAUGGCUGAGCUGAAGAAUGAAUUAAGAAUAAAGCGUGACUUGGCAUUUGACCAGUUGAAAGAUCAUACGGAAGUUCUGAAGUUGCUAGAGAGGGACAUCUAUGAGGUUGACAGGAAGCUCGACAUUGUGAAGACAGAAAACUGCAGACUGAAAUUAUGCACUGCACAGAUGAAAGCGGAUAUUUUGACAAUGAGCCAUGAAGCCGAAAACCACAAAUCAACAACAAUAAAAAUUCUGAGUGAUCUGACAGUCCUCCAUCAGCUUUUUCUGAAGGGAUGGUCAGAGGACAGUAGCAUUCAAAAGGAAUUUGUGGAGAAUGAGAAGGAAAUCCUGGCUGCAAUAGCAGAUCUUGUAAUGAAACUUCAUCAGAGAGAGAGAAAGAUUGAUUGUAUUAACAAAGGGCUACAAAAUAACUUUGAUGGACUGGAUUCUUUGUUAGAAAGUAAAUCCAGCACGGAACCCAAUGUUUCUGAAGGAUAGAAUAUUGGAGUAAAAAGGAAAAGGGAGAUGGUAGUUCCAAGUGAGGAGUUGACAGAAGCCAGACACUUUACCAGAAAACCACAGCUCUAUUUUGCUACUUUAUUCAAAC